AUGGCACUGGCUCAGGAGAAUUGUGCAGCUGAACAGGAACAUCAGAGUGCCCAGUACAACAAACGGGCCAGGGGUCAGCCUCUGUCUCUCGGCGACCAGGUGCUGCUGGCGAAUAAGGGCGUAAAAGGGAAGUGCAAACUUUCUGACAAGUGGGCGCCUGUUGUCUACACUGUGGUGGCUUCAAAACCUGCCCUACAUAUCUACCGUAUCAGGGAUCAGGAAGGAAAUGAACGUGUUGUUCACCGGAACUUGCUGCUCCAGGUCAACUUCCUGCCCUUGGAUGAAGCUUUGGAUGAUGAUGAUGGUGAAGCUGCUCCUGUGUCCACGCCUGCCUCUGGUGUGGUUAAUGCUCCUGCUACAUCCGAUAGGCAUGAGACUGAGAUGUCUGGAUUGGGGACUGCAGCUGCAACGGUUGAGCCAUCCCUUGCUGAUUCCCUCUCGAGCGUUGACUGGGAUGAUGGCCGUACCGCCUCAUGGGUCCACGAGCAGUCGUCCAUUGAUGAGCCCCCUGGCUCGGACAGUAUGCCAUCUCCACCGUCUCCUGUGGUGGCCUCUUCUGAUCCUCAUGGCCCUGUCAUUGCUGCUGAUCCCCCGACAGCUCUCCCUGUCCCCCUACCAACAUUUGACCAUCCCGACCCACCUCAGGCAGACGAGGAAAUAGAUGACUUCCGCGUACGCUACGAAAAAGAGUUUAGAACUCACAGCGGCAUCGAGUAUUAUAAUCAAGAUGACGGCGUAUACCAGCAACAACUCAAAAACGGUCUGCUUCGAAACAUGUCCCGGCAAAUUGCUGAGUGGAUCACUCACAGCACCGUGGGGGCCGUAGAGGGCAUGGCAGAAGCCACGGUCGAGGUCGCGGACGUGGACAGGGACAGGGACAAUCCCCUGGCCACAAAACCCAGUCUGAUCUUUGCUUUAAAUGCAAGAAGCCCGGCCAUUGGGCCCGGGAUUGCCCAGACAGUGACGCAAAAGGGGGUUUUCAGUGAUCAGGACACCGACAGCACCGGCAGCAGUAAAAGGUUGCUGAAUGAUCUACUGCGUUCCCCAGUUGCAGCGAAGAUAGCCGAGCGACCCAGCUGGAUCCACCUCAGCCACUGCAAACUACAAACUCACCUGAAACCUACUCACCAGCCACAAGGUAAGGUCAACUGUGGACCCAGGACGCUGGUCUCUCAACCACAGGGCAGAAUAAUCCCUGAGACCAGCUCCCUACUCAAUGCCACAGAAGAGAAGGUGAAAUGCCCUCUUGGAUAUUUCCCCUGUGGUAACCUAAGCAUGUGCCUCCCUCAGCUCCUCCACUGCAACGGCAUCAAUGACUGUGGAAAUGAGGCAGAUGAGGAGAAUUGUGGAGAUAAUAAUGGAUGGCCCCAUCUUUUUGACAAACAUUUUGGGAUGCCGAGUUCAAAUACCCGAGCCAAGUCCAACGUAUGCUUGCUGGGUGCCGUUCCAGAGUUGUGUCAGUGCCGAGACCUGGAGCUGGAUUGCAACAGUGCUCAGCUUCGAAACGUCCCAGAGGUUGCCAUAAAUGUCACCAUGAUGUCCCUAAAAAGAAAUCGACUUCAGAGGCUGGAAGCGAACAGAUUCUUUAUCUACCAGAGUCUACAGAAACUAUACCUCCAGCACAACAAGAUUCAAGAUGUGAGUCCUGAUGCAUUCAGAGGGCUUUAUAACCUAACAAGACUGUAUCUGAGCCACAACAAGAUUACUGCCCUGAUGCCCGGCGUAUUCCAGGACCUACACAAGCUGGAGUGGUUAAUCAUUGAAAACAACAAUAUCCAUCAGAUAUCACCCAUGACAUUUUCAGGACUGAACUCUCUCGUCUUGCUAGUUUUGUUGAACAACUCUUUGACAAAGCUAGAUGACAUUUGCCGAGAAAUGCCCAGACUGAAUUGGCUGGAUUUAGAGGGAAAUCUCAUUGAAACGAUUGGAAAUGUCUCCUUCCACUCAUGCAGCAUGUUGACAGUUCUAGUUUUGCAGCGCAACAGGAUCAGCUAUAUACACGAACAUGCCUUCUCAGUCCUUCAAAAGCUUGGCGAAUUGGAUCUAUCCAACAACAAACUGGUGGUGAUCCCUACACAUCUAUUUGUCUUACUGGAGGAUUUGCUUCAGCUAAAUAUAUCAUACAAUCCCAUCAUGGAGCUUCAAGUUGACCACUUUGACAGUUUACAUAAGUUAAAAUCGCUGAACAUCGAGGGGAUAGAAAUUGGAAACAUUCAGCGAAGAAUGUUUGAACCUCUCAAAUACUUGACUCACAUCUACUUCAAGAAGUUCCAGUACUGUGGCUACGCCCCUCACGUGCGCAGCUGCAAGCCCAACACCGACGGCAUCUCCUCUUUUGAGAACCUGCUGGCCAACAUUGUGCUGAGAGUCUUCGUUUGGGUCGUUUCCGCCACCACGUGCUUCGGCAACAUCUUCGUCAUCUGCAUGCGCUCCUAUAUCCGCUCCGAAAACAAGCUCCACGCCAUGUGCAUCAUCUCCCUUUGCUGUGCAGACGGGCUGAUGGGCAUCUAUCUCUUCAUGAUUGGUGCGUAUGACCUAAAGUUUCGAGGCGAGUACAACCGGCACGCUCAGGCCUGGAUGGACAGCAGCCAGUGUCAAGUCAUCGGUUCUUUGGCCAUGCUGUCCACGGAAGUGUCCGUCCUGCUCCUCACCUAUCUCACUCUGGAGAAGUACAUCUGCAUCGUGUACCCUUUCCAGUACUUGACUCCCGGCUGGCGGCGGACUGUGACCAUCCUGCUCGGGAUUUGGGUGUUCGGCUUAAUAGUUGCCUUCCUGCCGCUGGCCUGCAAGGGCUUAUUUCGCAACUUCUAUGGGACAAAUGGAGUCUGCUUCCCCCUGCAUUCUGAGCAGCCGGAGACGCCUUGGGCUCAUGUUUACUCCAUUGUUAUUUUUCUUGGUCUCAACCUGGUGGCCUUCCUCGUCAUUGUCUUUUCAUAUGCAAGCAUGUUCUACAACAUCCAGAGAACAGGCACCCAGACCACAAAGUACAGCAACCACAUCAAAAAAGAGGUGACCAUCGCCAAAAGGUUCUUCUCCAUCGUCAUUACGGACUCCCUCUGCUGGAUCCCCAUUUUCAUCCUCAAGAUCCUGUCACUGCUGCAGGUGGAGAUUCCUGGAACCAUCAGCUCUUGGGUCGUCAUAUUUAUUCUGCCCAUCAACAGCGCCCUAAACCCCAUCCUGUAUACUCUUACCACGCGGCCUUUCAAAGAGACGAUCCUGCAGGUGUGGGCCAACUACAGACAGAAACGGCCCCUGCUCAGCGGUCACCCUCCGCAUCAUCCGUCGCUCACUUGGCAGGAAAUGUGGCCUGUGCAGGAGAACAGUCACGGCGUCGCUCCGGGUCAUCCACCGCAAAUGAAAGAGGCAGCACCCAAGCUCACUCCUGUGGAGAAUGCCAACGAUGGAUAUGAUGACUUUACCGCCGGCUCAAUACAGCAGCAAAAGCAGCACACGGUCCUGUCAGGAAGCUCGCAGAAACGAACACUGACACACACGCUCGCACAAACCAACAAACUCCUCUAAGUGUCUAACAGCCGAGCUUCAAGGAUCUAAUCGCAGUGUCUGUUUGUAAGAAUGAUUAAGGUUCGUUCAUCUCAGCAAUUGAUAUUUAUAUGAUAAAAAAAAAACACUAU